UCACUCUUUCAAUCUUUUAUUUACCUUUGUUUUCAUCAUUAUACCUUAUUGUCUACGUGAAGAAAAAUAUAAGAACAAAAAAGCCCCAUGUCUGCUUUGCGACCUUUUAUAUUUUUACUUUUUUCAUGGUAGGAUAUAUAUUCUUUUCUUUUCUUUGUUCCUCUUGUCAGAUCCAGUGGAGGAAAAACCCUAUAUAUUUUUCAACCAUCUCUUUGAUUUGAUCAAGUCCCACUUCCCAAAAUGCAGAUUCUGGUAUGGGUUUUUGAGGUUUUAUUCAUUUCUUCCCUUGUGGGAGUGUUUCCAUUGUCACUAGCUGAAACAACCUCACCAGGUGUUUGCUCAGAGGCUGAUAGGGCUGCCCUUCUUGCUUUCAAAGCCAAAAUUGUCAAGGACACAACAGGGAUUCUCUCUUCAUGGAUUGGAAGAGAUUGUUGUGGAGGAGAUUGGGAAGGUGUUCAAUGUAAUCCAGCUGGGAGGGUCACUACAUUGGCACUUCAAGGGCCUGUAAAAGACAGUAGCAUGUACAUGAAGGGUACUUUGUCUUCUUCCCUGGGUAGUCUACCAUUCUUGCAAGUGUUGGUCAUAAGUGGGAUGAAGCUUAUUACAGGUCCAAUCCCAGAUAGCUUUUCCAAGCUAACCAGGCUUACUCAGUUGGUCCUCGAAGACAAUUCCCUUCGAGGGAACAUUCCCUCAGGUUUAGGCCUAUUAUCCCAUCUCCAAACACUUUCAUUGGCUGGCAACCAUUUGAAGGGACCCGUUCCUCCAAGCUUAGGAAAUUUGAGAAACCUUGGGAUGAUAAAUUUAGGGAGAAAUUCCUUGUCAGGUCCUAUCCCUGCUAGUUUAAAAAAUCUACACCUUUUGCAGUCUUUUGAUCUCAGUUUCAACUCAUUGUCUGGUUUUAUCCCUGAAUUUAUAGGACAGUUUAGAAACAUUACCUUUAUUGACCUCUCUAAUAACCAAUUAUCAGCUCACUUACCCAUUUCCAUGUUCAACUUGGUUAGCCUAUCAUAUCUGUCAUUGAGCCACAACCAGCUCACUGGAACUAUCCCAGAGCAGGUUGGGAAUCUCAAGUCCCUCACUAGCCUUUCACUGAGUAGCAACAAGUUUAUAGGUCACAUUCCAGCAUCUAUUUCAAGAUUGCAGAAUCUCUGGUCCCUUAAUUUAUCCAGAAAUGGAUUCUCAGACCCUUUACCAGAUGUUUCCAACAGGGGCAUUCCUUCACUUUUGUCAAUAGACCUGUCUUUCAACAACCUCAGUUUAGGGACGGUUCCUAAGUGGAUCACAGACAGACAGCUUUCAGAUGUUAAUCUUGCUGGUUGUAAACUGAGAGGAAGCCUCCCAAGGUUUACAAGGCCAGAUUCAUUGAGCUCCAUAGAUUUGUCCAAUAAUUUCCUCACUGGGAGCAUUUCAACAUUUUUCACAAAAAUGACAAGUCUGCAGAAGGUGAAGCUUUCAAAUAACCUGCUGAAGUUUGAUCUUUCAGAACUCAAAGUUCCAGAUGGGAUUUCCUCUAUUGAUCUUCAUUCGAACCAGGUAUGCGGGUCUCUCUCGAGCAUUUUAAACAACCGAACAAGCAGCUUCUUGGAGGUUAUAGAUGUGUCAAAUAAUCUCAUUUCCGGUACGAUACCGGAAUUCUCCGAAGGGCUGAAUUUGAAAGAGUUGAAUAUAGGAAGCAACAAGAUUGCAGGCCAGAUCCCAAGUUCAAUCUCGAAUCUUAUUGAACUCGAAAGACUGGAUGUUUCGAGGAACCUGAUAACUGGCACCAUACCGAUGAGUUUAGGACGAUUGGCGAACCUUCAUUGGCUUGAUCUUUCCAUCAACAGGCUCACUGGAAGAAUCCCAACUAGCUUGUUGGGUAUUAAGUUUAUGAGACAUGCAAGCUUCAGGGCAAAUAGACUAUGUGGAGAGAUCCCACAAGGUCGGCCUUACAACAUCUUCCCUGCUUCUGCUUAUGCUCACAAUCUCUGCUUAUGUGGGAAACCAAUGCUACCUUGUAGGGGAAAGAAACAAGAGACAAGUCAGUGAAAUGCUGACUCAAAUCUGCCCAAAGUAGAAACAUUCAUGUUUUUACAGCACCUACUUACAUUUUUCUUACCUUUUUGCUUUAGUAAUUUCUAGCUUAAUUUAAUUAAUAACUACUAUUAUGGAAACAUACAUUGUUUCAAUAUAAAGUUUUAACUCUACCAAAGAUAAUUAAGUACAAAUAA